AUCAUUCGCUCAUCAACAGCUUGAAAAGCAAUAUCGACUUCCUUCAACUCGUCAAACAACCAACCCAAACAAAUACCAAAAAUGAACGCCAUCAUGAAAAUCACAUUAGCCGCCGUUGCAAUGUUCGCGUCCACCAUGAUGACCGCUUCUGCCAAACCAUCUGGACUCGUGCCCGCCGCCGCAAUCGCUCCCGUGGCCGUGGCCGCGCCCUACGCUAGCUCGUUCACGUCACACAGCGUAGCCCACAGCGUGGCUACUCCGGUCUUGCCGGCCGCUCCGUACGUGGCCGCCGCUCCAUACGCCGCGGCACCCUACGUCGCCGCACCUUACGCGGCUGCCCCUUACGUCGCCGCGGCACCUUUCGCAGCCACCCCGUACGCAGCAGCACCAUACGCAGCUUCCGCUUACGGUUACUACCCGUACGCCGCUCCGGCUUACCUGUAAAGGCCGCUCUGAGCGACGACAACGACCGCAAAUCAGUUGACACGCGAUAACGGACGAGAGGCGACCGCAACGACAAGAUCCCCAACUGCAUUCGCCACUCAUUCUUUUCAUUCUUAUAAUAUUUAGACCGCAUUACUUACAACAAGUCAUAACAAUAUUGUAAUAGAUACACGGUCGAUAUAUAAUAUUAUAUAAUUUAUUAAGCACAUAAGAAACGCAAAUGUCACCGCGGUACAACCAUAAUGUGUAUCGCACGUGUACACACAAAAUAUAAUAAACUAUAUAAUGUAUAUUAAAAUAUUAUACUUACGCCACACUUGUAGCGUAAACCGUUUUUAUACCACAAAAUAUAAUAUAUUAUUAUAAAAAAUAAAAUGUACAGUAUAUCGUUAUGAUAAUAAACGUUCACGAGAAAAUAUUAUUAAAAAAA